GCCCGUGGCAGAGCCGGGGACCUGAAGAGCGGGUGCGGGGUGAACGCCGAGAGGGGACUGCGGGCGCCGCGCCGGCUCCGCGGAAGAUGGCUGAGGGCGAGCGGCAGCCGCCGCCAGAUUCCUCGGAGGAGACCCCCCCUGCCGCUCAGAACUUCGUCAUUCCCAAGAAGGAGAUCCACACGGUUCCGGACAUGGGCAAGUGGAAGCGCUCGCAGGCGUACGCGGACUACAUCGGGUUCAUCCUCACCCUCAACGAAGGCGUGAAGGGGAAGAAGCUGAGCUUCGAGUACAAAGUCUCCGAGGCCGUAGAGAAGCUGCUGGCCCUCCUGGACACGCUGGACCGCUGGAUCGAUGAGACCCCGCCCGUGGACCAGCCCUCUCGAUUCGGGAACAAGGCCUACAGGACCUGGUACGCCAAGCUCGAUGAGGAAGCAGAGGGCUUGGUGGCCGCCGUGGUGCCCGCCCACCUGGCAGCUGCUGUGCCGGAGGUGGCCGUGUACCUGAAGGAGUCCGUGGGCAACUCCACGCGCAUCGACUACGGCACAGGGCACGAAGCAGCCUUUGCCGCUUUCCUGUGCUGUCUGUGCAAGAUCGGGGUGCUGCGCGUGGACGACCAGAUAGCCAUCGUCUUCAAGGUCUUUAACCGGUACCUUGAGGUUAUGCGGAAGCUCCAGAAAACCUACCGGAUGGAGCCCGCCGGCAGCCAGGGGGUGUGGGGCCUGGACGAUUUCCAGUUCCUGCCCUUCAUCUGGGGCAGCUCCCAGCUGAUAGACCACCCGUUCCUGGAGCCCAGGCACUUUGUGGACGAGAAGGCCGUGAACGAGAACCACAAGGACUACAUGUUCCUGGAGUGCAUCCUGUUCAUCACCGAGAUGAAGACGGGCCCGUUCGCCGAGCACUCGAACCAGCUGUGGAACAUCAGUGCCGUGCCCUCCUGGUCCAAAGUGAACCAGGGGCUCAUCCGCAUGUACAAGGCCGAGCCCUGGGUGCCCCAAGGGUGGGGUGAG